AAUCCACAAAAAUCAUUAAGAAAAUAUCAUUCAAAGAUAAGAGAAGAUCAAUAGAAAAUUAAUUUUGAUUCUCCAAGGACAAAGACAGCAGUAUUAUUAUUAAAAUUAACAUAAGAUUAAUAUACUUUAAAAGAUUUUUUUCAAUUUUAGAAAUUAAGUGAAUAUAAUAGUUUAGCUUUAAAAACAAAAUAAAUAUAAAAAUAUUAAAUUGAUGACCCUUAUAAAUAUUAUUAUUAACACCUUUAAUUAGUCCAUACUAAUUUAAAAAGAAUUAUUUAAGAAAGAAAACGAUUAAUUUAAUAAAAUAAUUAUUAAUUCCGAAAAACAGCUGAAGGAUGUUCUAGAAAAAUUUUAAAUAAAUCUAAUAGAGAAAAAAGUCAAUAUUUAGACCAUUUAAAUAUAGAUUAUUAAAUAUAAAAAGUAAACUCAUAACACGAAAAAGAAGUGAAUAUUCAUGGAUUCUAAAUCUAAAAUGAAAUAAGAUAAGAAUUUUUACUCAGAAAAUAAAAUCAAAGUAUAGAAUAAAAAUAAUAAAGAGUAGAAUAAACAAUAAAAAAAUAACUCGACGAAAAAUUAAAAAAUGUCAAAAUAAUAAAUUAGAAACAUAGAGCUAAAAAAUAAUAAAUAAAAAUUUCACAUUAAUAAAAUUUAUAAAAAGACAUGCAAAAAAUUAAAGAAAUGUACUUAAAAUAGAACUAAAUAUAUAAUAAAGUAAAAGAAAGUAAAUCUAAAGUUUUAUCAUUUACGAGAAGUGCGAAUUCGGCAAAAACUUUUAGGGAAAAAGUCGACGAAAAAAUAAUAUUAAAAAGUGAGUAAUUAAGGCAGUAGUUAGAUUAGAGAGAUAAUUAGGUUUAUUUUUUAAUGAAAGAGCACUGGUCUUAAAGGGUUAGAAAUUAAUAGCUUUUUAAUAGUU